GUAGUAGGGUGGAGAGAAGCAGUCUGGUUUUGCUCGGUGUCAAAAAGUUACACAAGCAAGGGGCGAGAUUUCACUGCAGGAGCUGUUUCACAACUUUGAACAAGUUGUCACAUCUUGGCGGGCCAUUCGUCUCUAGCUGGGUGUUCGCCUGAUACCACGGAGGCACAAAACACCUCCAGUCCUCGCAAGCCGCGGAACUCACCAUCAUUUCAUUUCAACACUGAAGAGCAACACAUCAAAACAAACGCCCUUUUGGGCUUUCACAACAGUGUGUGAGCGUGACUACACGGACAUGUGAUUUUGUAGAGCUACUCUUGACAACAUCUAGGUAGCCACGGCGGCCAGGGUCACAGUAAGUGAAUUUGGCCGUCAACCCUAAGCGCUCUUUGCGUGUUUUUUGGGCCAUGGAGCUGAGCUCGGUGCUUCUCACCAUUGGAGGGUCCUACGGAUUUUUCCGAUCGUUCAACAUUGGAUUGGGCAGACUACCUGUACCGGAAGCUGCACGCAGGAAUACGUCAAAAUGGAGAAACAUCUCCACGUCCUUCGUGCACAGCUUCGUCACCGCGAUAUGGGCAGUGCUUUGUUUUUUCCUCCAACCAGAAAUGGCUGAAGAUUUGAUAGAAACACAUUCUGCGUUUUCUCAUGCACUGGUGUCUUUUUCAAUUGGUUACUUCAUCUAUGACCUCUUUGAUAUGGUGACACACCAGAAUUUAAGCCAGUUCUGGGAGCUCGCCUCGCAUCAUAUUGUCGUGAUCACCUGCUUUGGGCUGUCUGUGUUUACAUCCUGCUACAUCGGGUUCGCCGUGGUGGCCCUGUUGGUGGAGAUCAACUCGGUGUUCCUCCAUCUCAGGCAGAUCUUGCGCAUGGCCAAUCAUGCCGCCAGCACCCUCUACCGGGUCAACAGCAUGAUCAACCUGGGCACCUACGUGGUAUUCCGCAUUAACACGCUGGCCUGGAUGACCCGCUGGCUGGUGCUCAACAGAGAUAAGGUGCCCCUCAUGGCUUACACGCUGGGCAGCGUGGGCCUGGCCAUCAUGACGGUCAUGAACAUCGUCCUGUUUUACCGCCUGCUCAGGAGCGACUUCCUGAAGAGCAGUACUCGGGACGCCAAGAAAGAAAAAGAAACAUAGGGAGAAUCCAUUUUGGGUUCACGUUUGCCCAUUUUUGUUUUUCUACUCCUUUACAGCCUAACACUUCACUACUGCAUCAUUGCAAAGGCCCACUGGGUGUUCUAAAAUGUAGCUUAUGGUGAGUGAAGCCCACAAGUACCUCCAUUUGAAGCAAGACUUCAUGGCGUUAAAUGCAUAUGAUCGUGCAGUAUAUGCUAUGAUGUAUGACGUAUGGCUGUGGCUUCCUUGACCACUGAAUGAAAUAAUCAACUAGACCUAAACUUUAUUUAAACUAGUUAUAUGCAAAGGUGAUGUCUUUUUUCUUAUUUUCCCACAUCUUCUUAAUUUCAAGCCACCUCCUACCUCAGGAAGCUUUUAAAACUUGUUUGCCUCUUUGAGAACGAGCAUUGUUAAUCAUUGUCAAAUGGGACGCAAGCAAUCCCUGUAAAAUGUUAAUUUAGGGUGGUGGCUUAUUAUACUUGGCCCAUGCACUAACAUUGAAGUUAUCCUGAGCAGUGAAGAUCUUAAAUGAGCGCCUUAAUGCCCCGUUUGCUAAUCCAAAUGUUGGAAUGCAGCAACCAAGUGCCACCACUAUGUUUAUAAUCAAACAGGAAGCCUGUGAAAUAGUCUAUAAAUAGCGUUCUUGGAUGUCUGUCUGCCGUUGCUGCAAUAACCAUACUGGUGGGGAAGUGCUAUUUUUAACAUGGCCUUUAGAGGGCAGCACACUCAGCAAUUACUUCAAUAAAGGGGACAUGAGUUUAUUUGAAUUUUUUUUUAUAGUUUAAAAAGCUUCCUACAUGCCUUAGCAACAUAUCUGUGAUAUUAUUCCAUUGAAGUACACAAAUGACAAAGAAUUACAGCACACUUAAAAUCCACAUGUCACACACUGUUUUGGAAUCACUUAAUUGUAGAGGGGAGUUCUGUCUCAUGCCAAUCAAUGCACUUUUCAAAAAUACUUCUCACCAAGCUGAACAGAGGAAGAUCUAGCAGCCAACUUGGCGACUUCUAAUGUAUUUGUGACGUUAUCUGAGACUCCAGGUGUCAAAUCAAGGGCGUUUGUGCCAGGGGCACCCACUGGUUUAUUUAAACAUGGUUUAAUUUCAUAAUGGGCAGGCACUCCAGAGACCCAAGUAUUUCAAUACAAACAAAUUCAUAUUUGGAUACAUCUCCUUUAUUGGCAAAAGAGGAGAAGUGUCUUCACUUUCUUAAUCAUUAGUGUUUGUAGACGUGUUAUCUUAUUUAUUUUUGAUGUCAGGUUGUGAGGUUAAUGUUGGAAUAAAAACAGAUGACAUCUCCGGAUACAUUGAACAUCUGCUCUUUGCAGUGGACAGGGAGUGAACUCUGUCGGAAGUAGCCAACAGUUGCCACAAGAUGGCGACAAAUCCGUUAAACAGAGAGGUUUGACAUAAGAUCACACCAUGCAUCUAGCGUCGCAGACUUUCAUGAAACCGUAUUACAUUAACGACUGUAUAGGAAGUUAAAUUAUUCAACACAUAAAUUUCACCAUCAAGUCGCACUUGAUCUGCUUUGGCCUGAGGAAAAAACAAAAACAGGAAAUUAUAGUGCAUAUUUGUAAUGUAUUUGUUCUGAAAGUAGUGUUGCGUUGAAGAUGAGAUUAACUGAUUGCUUCAAAGCAUUUGAAACGAGUAAUUGUGUUUUUGUUGUCUCCCUUUACCUAACAUUUUUAUCAACAUGUUGCUGUUCAAGGACGAGUCCAUCUGCGUAGGUGUGAAAUCCACUGACACAGAAGGACUAGUAAACCGUGGCUGGGCUUAACUUGCAGUUGACCCCCCCCAAUUGAACGCACACUAGCAGUUCCAAGUUCAAAUGAGGAAAUGAAAUCUCUAUUAGGUCUAUAUCACAGCAGCCUUACAUAAAGAUCAAUAUACUGUUCUUAUUUUAAAAAAAUAUUUAGCCAAUGUGGGCAGUUUACUGUACCUCUUCAGACCGGUGUAAUGUAAUUGUCUUUUUUUUGCGACAAGACGUGUGUUUGUGAGUGUGAUUCCACUCUGAUUGUGAUCGUUUUGAUAAUUGGCAGCAGUUUUGGCACCAUGUACAUACAGUACACUGACAAUUUGAUGGAUGUUUAACAUGAUUUCUAUUAUUUUCAAACAUGCAUCAUGACAUUAUUGAAAUUAUAUUUGCAGUACUGUAUUUAGUUAAUCAAAAUUAUUUUAUUAACUAAAUAUUGUAAAUACAGGAAAUGAAAAUCUCCAACUCUUGGCCUCGUUUUUUAAUGGACUUCAGUGAUCUCAUUGAAGACUAUCUCAUGAAUUACAACGCACAAGAUACCGGUUUGUUUGCCUGAGAGCAGCCUUUGCUCAAUGUAAAUUUCUUCUGGCGAAGAUUAUUUUGUAUCUUGUACUCCAAUUUAUGUUUCUGAAAUAACACUUUUAUGUUAUAAUAAAGUGAAUCAUUCUAGAA